GGCACACCUCUGUCUGUUUUUGUGCCUGCAGCUCCGUGCGGACAUCAUCACGGGGCGCCUGCCCUGCUCCUUUGUCACGCACGCCCUGCUGGGCUCCUACGCCGUGCAGGCCGAGCUGGGCGACUAUGAUGCCGAGGAGCACGUGGGCAACUAUGUCAGCGAGCUCCGCUUCGCCCCCAACCAGACGCGGGAGCUGGAGGAGCGCAUCAUGGAGUUGCACAAGACCUACCGCGGAAUGACCCCCGGGGAAGCGGAGAUCCACUUCCUGGAGAAUGCCAAGAAGCUCUCCAUGUACGGGGUGGACCUCCACCACGCCAAGGACUCGGAGGGCAUUGACAUCAUGCUGGGUGUCUGCGCCAAUGGCCUCCUCAUCUACAGGGACCGGCUGAGGAUCAACCGUUUCGCCUGGCCCAAGAUUCUCAAAAUUUCCUACAAGAGGAGCAACUUCUACAUCAAGAUCCGCCCGGGUGAGUACGAACAGUUUGAGAGCACCAUUGGCUUCAAACUGCCCAACCACCGCUCCGCCAAGCGUCUCUGGAAGGUCUGCAUAGAGCAUCACACCUUCUUCAGGCUGGUGUCCCCAGAGCCACCCCCCAAGGGCUUCCUGGUGAUGGGCUCCAAAUUUCGCUACAGCGGGCGGACGCAGGCGCAGACGCGGCAGGCCAGCGCCCUCAUCGACCGCCCAGCUCCCUUCUUUGAGCGCUCCUCCAGCAAACGGUACACCAUGUCUCGCAGCCUUGAUGGAG